AGAUUAUAAAAUAUUUAAAUUAAGGGGAUCUGGAAACCCCUCUUUCUCUCUCCUCAUUUUUCUGUUGCACUACCCCGGGGUUUUUAUUUUCGACAACAGAGGAGAAGAACCAGUCUUUUUUUACACAAAAUCAAAAAAUAAAAAACAAAACAAAAAAAAUAAAAAACCCACUUCUUGCUUCGCUUUCUUUACAACAAUCCUUCCUACCUGAUUACAGACGAAUCAUUCGAGCGCCAAAUCCAAGCUUUUCAAUUUCCCUUUUAUUUACUCAAUUCAAACAAAUCAGGUAGCUAUUGGUGUUCAAGGCCUUUAAAGAAGUGAAGUUUGAGGCCAUUCUCUCCACUGGGCACACAUUUUACUUGCUUUUUUAAGUUUGGAGAGGAUGGUCCACCGCUCUAUGAGAUGUUGAUUAAUGGAUUCUGAAGGCAAGAAGUUUGGAAGAGGUCCGAGAGAACUUACUGGUGCUGUUGAUCUGAUUACUCAUUACAAGUUGUUACCACAUCACGAGUUCUUCUGCAAAAAGUCUCUUCCUGUGUCAAUUGCCGAUACCCACUACCUUCACAAUGUGGUUGGGGAUACAGAAAUUAGGAAGGGAGAAGGAAUGCAGUUGGAUCAGCUAAUACAAAAUCCAUCAUAUUCGCUGGAUGGAAAUACACGGAUACGGCCCUUUGAUUUAAAUGCUCUAAGUGAAGCCUUUCAUCUGAGGGAAACAACCCCUGUUGAGUUACCAUCUGAAGAAAAGGGGGUCCCUACAAUUGCAGGAAAAUCAAAAGGUGAGUCAAAAGACAAGGAUAGAAAGCACAAAAAACACAAGGACGGGGACAAAGAGAAGGAUAAAGAGCGUAAGAAGCACAAACACCGCCAUAAAGACCGAAGUAAAGACAAGGACAAGAAGAAGGAUAAAAGUGGGCAUCAGGAUGCUGGUGGUGAACAUUCCAAGAAACACCAUGAUAAGAAGAGGAAGCAUGAUGGUGAUGAAGAUGUUAAUGACAUUCAUAGACAUAAAAAGAGUAAGCAUAGGAGCUCAAAAAUAGAUGAAAUGGGUGCAAUAAAGGUUGCCGGGUGAGAUGUUUGCUGGUAGUUGUGUUGAUUUAUCGUUCUCAAUGUUGGGGAAUUUCAAGGAGUUGAUUACUUCCGUGCAAUCAAUUGAGAAUACUUAAUGAGUUGAGGAUUGUGUGGAAGGCAAACUCUUUGUGGCAUGGUUGGAGGUACAGAUUGCUGGUGGUGAAUUUUCAUGUAUCGUUUAGAGGUCCCUUAAUUUUAUUGCUAGUAACCUCUAUCAAAUUCUGAUCAUUUUGUUUUCAGUUUAUAUGGCGCAUUUGAAAUUCCCAACUCUUGUCCAUUAUGAUAAUUUUUUUCUUUCUAGAGGUCCAAAUCUGAGCACUCUCUUACCAAUCUGGGUGACUGAGUUAGAAAUUACAGCUGGGUAUGUAGAUUAGAAGGUUAGGAUUGGGUGAAGGUGCUAAUGUAUUCCUCGUUUAAUUAUUUUUACUUCUAGGAUUUUCAAUUUGUCCAGACGGGUAGGUAGAUUGUAAGGGUAGGCUUGCGUGUACCCUAACUAAUGUCUCAAUGGUGAAAUAUUCUUUGUAAAUUAUAUCCAUAUGGGAGUACGGUCCAUUGAAGUAAUGAGAUUGUUUGUAGAAGCCACUGCCUUGUGUAGGUGACUGAUGAGCGAUACCAUUUGGUCCUCUUCCAUAGAGCCUGCUGUAAUAUGUGAAAACUCUUCUGUAUUUUUUUUAAGCAAGUGAUAGAUUAAUGAAAACAGUUUUGCAUCUUUGGUUCCA